CCUUGUUUUCACUACGGCCGUCUCUUGUCUGCCGUCAGUUUGGAUUGUUUUGUGCCGUGCUGCACAGUUUGCCAGCGCUCGACGUGAUGCGAGAUGAGCGUUGCUUUUUCUCGUAGACACAGUGCGUCGAAAAUAAUUGUGAGAAGGGUCAACAAUUCUGCUCGCGACGAAAAUCGGCAAAAUUUUGGCCAGAGAGUGUAAAAGAGACAGCAACUAGUGGGAUGGGGAGUGCGUGGUGGCGCAUUUCCGUCUGUCGCAACAGAAUUGUUCUUCUUCUUGCAUACGCUACGAUUCAUCUUCUGUCACAACUAACUUUUUAGAUCCGUAUUGCCGAUGAUGAAUGCCGUACCACACAGCACGACACAGCCAAAGCAACGCAAAGCAUGGCGAGACUGCGGAUGAAGAGCAGUGGCGGCAGAGGACAAUUCCCUGUAGUUUGCAAGAACGUCUGCAGUUCGUGCAGAAGCCUGCUCAUUCGACUGAUAAUGUGCUGUCUGCACCGCACAACUCUUCUCGACCUACCUCAUCGCGUCGAUUGCCGCACGGCACACCUGCGGCAUGAAAAAAUGUUGCAGAAUACUAGAAUAGACCCGACCGGAGAACAAGAGCAGCAAGAGGUCGGGGGCACAGAAUUCGCGGAUCACGACCUCCAGAGCCACGAACCGAUGCAAAGCCAAAGCGCGAUAACACAACAGGACAUCAUCGCGCCCCGCACUUCCGCUACUAUAGCAGCGCAUGGCCAGCGUGAAAAUAAAACUGAAAUACGAGCUUCUACGUCUUCACCUGCCACGGACGAUGACAAGGUGAAACUUCAGGAUGAUGCUGGAGAUGAAAAACUAGGAACGUCUGCCACUACGAAAGAAGCAGAGCACACCAGGACUCGCGCGAAGGAGCAGUUGAUGAACGCCACGUCUUCACAGAUUAGUACGGCAGCAGCAUCUUCACAACACGGACACACAAAUAAUCAAAACCACUCCACUACGGCAACACGAGCCCAGCCAUCACCAUAUACUUCGUCUUCCCUGCACGAAAAUGCCAGAAUACGAAAGAGGCACGACUACUACAAAAGCUACGACAAACGGCACAGUCACCACCCAAACAAGGGAACAAAAUUUCAUCAGCUACACCCGCUCAACCUUCUUUUCCAGAGAGCAGACAAUGCGUCGAACAGUAGCAACGGCACUUGUGCCUGCGACGCUAAUAGUACAAACGGAAGCAACGGGAGUAAUGCCACCGACUGCACCUGCGACGAGCCCGUGGCGGCAACGGAGGAUGAGGCCGCUUCGGUGUCGAUUUUUGAGGAAAUUGGUGCGUUAUGCUUUGCAAAAGUAUCGUACUAGUAUAAAUUGCAUCGCAAAUUUUGGCAAGACGAAAAGUGGAAUUUGUAAUGCUGUUUUUACCUUAGGAAGGAGAUUUGUCUUGCAUAUUUGCAAUUACUUAUUACUACGAGUGCGAUACUUUUGCACAGGAUGCGUGUGGCUGUUCGACAACUUCGGGACCUAUUGGGUGUACGUGAAGAUGAUCAUUGGUCUCCUCGCUUUGUUGGUGAUCGGACAUUAUUUGUACGAGAAGUACGAGGAGUUUAUGUUGCACCAAUCUCUCACGGCAGAGCAUGAUCAGCGAGAGGAAGCAGACGAUAAGUUAGCGAAAAAUGAUGGGGAUGAAAUAUCGCUAGACGACAAAUGGAUGGAGGACGACCCGGCGGCGGCGGGGCCGGAAGACUGA